AAGCGAGACUGAAGCGCGGGGUUUCUCGGGAGUCGUAGUUAAUUUCCUUAUCUGUUUCCCCGAGAGGGUAGCAGAAAAAUUGGGAGAAUGACACCUCUCCAAGCCCCCAGACCUCCUCGACUUGGAUUUCGGAGGGUAUAGACCUCCGAGGGGACACGGGAUCCCUUCCUUUCCGAGGGCCCAGGGUACACCUUGACUCAACAGUUGUUUACACUAGAGGAGGCUCAGAAGGAACAGUUUGGGGCUGAUGCCCAAGACUCCUGAGUCCCAGAGGGUGGAGGGCACUGGCGGUCUAAAUUCCUGGUCCUUUAGACAGGAGAGGCCUGGGGGUUCAGAUGCCUAGAAUUUGGAGGGAGCAAAGCUUGGGGAGGGGGGCUGCAUUACAGGGGAGAGAGGAGAUGAGAGUCUUGAUCUGUUAGGUCCUGAGUUAGAAGGGGGUUGGGGACUCUGAGUCUUAGGUCCUCCAGAGACAGGGCUGGGGGGUCUGGAUUCCUCAGAGGAGAGAGCUGCGGGGCGGGACUCAGGUCUCUCUGUUUAUUGAGGAUGGAGCUGGGAUCCCAGGGUCUCAGGGGCUGGUCUGGGGCAGAGAUGCCUAGGUCUGUGGUCUGGUGAAGGUGGGGGUCGCAGACACCUGGAUGGGACAGGGUCACUUGGGUUCCUGGGGUCUCUUACCUGCUCGGUGGGAUCCAAGAUAACAGCAGGUGAGCGGAGCUGGAUGCGGAGAUUGGUGAAUGCUGCAGAAUGGCUCUGGGUGGGGUGGCAGGAGGUUGGGUCCCAAGGGUGCAGGUGACGCACCUGACCCCCUCCCUGGGGAUCCUGGAAGCCUAGCGACAGACUUGGGCUCUUAAAGGGACAGAGGUAAAGGACAUUGUCCCUGGAGUGGGGAAUGGAGUCAGGGACUGGAUCGCCUGGUGGAGGGAUGUGGCCCAGCCAAGCUAUCUUCCUUUUGAAACCACGGCUCUGGGCCCUCCGCCCUCUCCUAUCCCCAAACCCAAGAGUCCAGGUCCCUCGUACCCUCCUACUUCAAGAUCCAGGAGUCAGAGCCCCUAGCUCCUUCCUCUCAGAUCCAGAAGUCCAGAUCCUCAGACUGUUCCUACCCCAGAACCCAGGAGUCUGGUCCCUGUCCCUUCCACUCCAAGACCCAGGAGCCCAGAGCCUGUUCCCCUCCUCUCUGGUGAACUAGGAAGUCUAGGUUCCCAUAUCUUGCCAAUCCGACACCCAGACUACCCCUUGGGACUUCCCAACCCUUGCCUACCUCCCCGCUGUGUGUGGGGUUGGGCUUUAUCUUCACAACUCCCCCAAUUUCACCCCCCACCCAGGAAGGCUUAGACACACCCACAGGGCAGCUGGGGGGGUCUUCACAGUCAAAGACUUUUCGAUUUUGCCUUUUGCUUUACCUGCCUUCACACCCCCCACUGCUGUAUCCCGUUGCCUUCUCUUCUUUUCCCCCUCCCAUCUCUCACUCUCUCUUUCUGGAUUUGUCUCUGGGCAUCUCUGUCCAGGUUGGCUGUCUCUGUCUCCUUCUGUCUUUCUCAGAGCCUUUCCUCUCAUCCCUCCAUCUCUAGCUGGCUCUCUUUGUCAGUUUCCUUCUUCCUUCCUUUUCCCUUCUUUCUUCCUCUCUUUCCUUUUCUAUGUUACUCUCUUUGUCCUUCCCUCUCGAGGUCACUUUAUCUCCUUGUGUCUCUGGUUCUCCUCAUCAGUUCCCCCUCUGUUGCUUUCCCUGUCUCUCUUUCUCUUUGUCUCUGGCUUCUGCACUGAUGGUCCCUCCGCUGGUCUCUAUUUUUAUCCUUCUGACACACCCCCCGUGUCCACUUCUCUGUCUGUCUGUCUCUCGGCCUCCCCCUUCUCCUCAGGUCCCAGCUCCUGGUUCCAAUUAGUUGGUGGCCGCCAAAGCAGCGGCGGGGCCCCCGCCCCCGGCUCCUCAUUACCGCUGGCGGCUCCUAAUGAGCCUGGGGGGAGCUGACCCCGCGCUCUGGGCCCCCUGGUCUGCGUCACUGCCCGCUGCGGGGGCCGUGGAGGCGAUAUAAGGGGGCUGCCAGGCUCGCUGCCCGAGCCCACUGCGCGGUAGGGGGCUCUGCCAGCGGGCUGCCGGGGGUGGGUGGAUGGUGGGGUCGGGGUUCUGGGCCAGGACGCAGGCCUUACUGAGCUCUUCCCUGUCUCCCCACAGGUGAUGGAGACCCGCCAGGUGCCCAGGAGCUUCCGGGUGCGGCUGCUGCUGCUCCUCCUGCUGCUCGUGCCCUGGGGCAUCCGCACUGCCUCAGGAGUCGCCCUGCCCCCCGCGGGGGUCUUCAGCCUCCGCACCCCGGGCCGGGCCUGGGUGGGUCCGGCCACCCCGCUGGAGCUGCGGUCGAUGCGGCGGAGCCUCGCGCUGGCGGACGACGCGGCGUUCCGGGAGCGCGCGCGGCUGCUGGCCGCCCUCGAGCGCCGCCACUGGCUGAACUGGUACAUGCACAAGCUGCUGGUGCUGGACGCGCCCUGAGGCCCCGCCUGGCCGCCUUAAUAAAGACCCCGUGU